AUGAGAGUCAGUAUUUUAAGAUUUGUUUUUUUUUCAAUUAUUAUUUGUUUUUUUGAGUAUGCUCAAAAUGAAUUAUACCUUGUAAACGAGAGAAGCAUAUUCCUUGAAAGGAAUAUAAUAAAAUUUAGAAGUAAUAGAAUAUUAGCAGAUGUAGAUAAUCAAUUCGAUUUAAAUGAUUUUUAUGAAUCAACUUUGAGUCUUGCAAAUCAAUUUAAUGAGUACAAUGCUGAUGACAAAGAAAUGACAUUUCUUCGAAAUGCUAUAGAUUCACAUAUAAAGAAGCAUAAAGAAAGUAAUACAUUACCUGAUUUAAAUAAUGUAGAUAAGAAAACUAAAAAAACAAUUCUUAAACUUCAAAGGGAAUUAGAAGAGAUAAAAAAAGAACUUGCUAAUAAAAGUAAUAGUGAAUUAGAAAUACAGUCGAUACAUGAUAAAAGGAUAAUAAAAAAAGAUGAAAAUAAUUCUGUAUCAGGAAAUGAGGACUUUAACCAAUUGGAAAAUGAAGUAAAUUCCUUGGAGGAAGAAUUUAAACAGUUCGAUUUAAGUGGUGUUGAUAAUUAUAAAUAUAAACGAAAGGAGGACAAAUUAUACAAAGGAUUAAAAUUGAGGUUAAUAUUGAUGUUUUUUUUUUCUUUCGCAACAAUGGUAUCAGGGUGCGUUAAUCUCCCACUUGCUAUUAUAAGUUUAGCGAUUUCAUUUGAAUCAUUUAUUAAAUCUUUUCAAUAUAUUAAAUUACUCUAUGUAAAAUAUAAAAUAAAGCAAAAAUCAAAAACAUCAAAAUAA